GUUCUGUUCCAAAUCCGAGGGCCAGCAGGUGACUGUUCUCUCCUGCCUCUGCCUCGUGUGAGGAGCCUGGAAAAGGCUCUUGCUCUGGGGCUGGGCUCCAACCUCCUUCUCCAUCAUCCCAGGGCCCGUGGGUGCCUCUGCACCCUUUGCUGAGGGGGCCUGGGCCCUCUGCUGAGUGUCCCAGAGUGCAGGUCAGGGCUGUGGGGGACACAUGGCCAUGGCCAUCCAUGACAACAUCCCAGUCAGGUAAGCUGUCCCACUGUGUCUCUGGCAUUGCAGUGGGAUUACGGCCCUGCCACUGCACAUUUCUAGCUCUUGUUUCUUCCCCAAGCUGUGACUGUGUCCAGACAUUUCAGAGGAGAUCAAGAAACUGUGUGGGGUGUGAGAGGUCUCACACACAGCACUGAUGGGGUUUGCCCUGCAAUUCUCAUCUUGAGCCAAGGAACAUCAGGCUCUGUGGGCUGGCCUGGUCUCCUCCCCAGGGGGAAGCAAUGGCACAAACAUUGCCACAUUGGAACUCACCCCCAAGCCUGUCCAUUUAAAGCCCCUCUCAUCAGAUUGGCCAGCCCACAGCUGAAGGUUCUCUUGCCCUGUCUAACAGGGACCAGCCAUUAAAGCACAACCCACUGCCCAAAAGCCAACACCUUCUCACCGGCACCAGCUAUGAAGAUGCUGAUCUGCACUAGACAUCCUCUCCAAUUCCCAUCCAGCUCAAACUACGAUGAGAUGUUGGGGAUUCCACUGGUCCCAGCACAGCUCCAUUGUUGCCAGGCACAGGGUGACAACAGUCCAGAGCUGCUGGGGACAGGUGAGUUCCAGAGUGGGUGACAGAGGCUGGGCUGUUUCAGGGCAGGAUGAGGCUGCUGGGAGCCACCAUACUCCUCUCCCUGGUGGAUGCUGUCCAGGCCUACGCCAUUGAGAAGAAAGGGGACGUGUUCAAGAAGAUGGCGUGUCCUGCCUUCCUGGUGUUCGAGAACGUUGCCUACAUGGCAGACAUGACCUUUGAGCUGCCCUGCAGGUGCAAGCCCGAGGAGACCUCCUCUGUUGUCUGGUACUUCCAGAAGAACCUGCACGGCCACGAAACCACGGUGCUGACAGACUUCAACGGCACCGUGAUCGUGGACUCGAGCCACAUCCGCACGGGCAGCGAGCUCCUGAAGCGCUUCAGCAUCCGCAUGUUCAGCCUGAUCGUGUUCCGAGCCCAGGUCAGGGACUCGGGGCAUUACCUGUGUGGCACCAAGGAAGGGCUCUUCUUCUACGGCUACGACGUGGACGUGCAGCCCAGCAGGCACAUCACGGUGGCUUUUCUGGACAACAACGAGCACGUCCAAGAGGAUUAUACAAGGGAGGGAUUCACCCUCUUCACCACCUUCUGGGACUGGACCCGCUGUGACCGCUGCGGGGUGCGGGGCGAGCAGCGGCGCAUCGGGCUGUGCUACGUGCAGAGCGCCCAGCUGAAGCCCCGCUACCGCACGGCGCUGCCCAACGUCACCUCCUGCGGCUCCAGGGCUGUGCCCGCACGCUUCCCCAGCCUCCUCCGCCUCCGCAGCCCCGAGGUGGCCGUCAGGAGCUGCCUGGCCUCGUGCCCGGAGAAGGAAGCGCCCGAGGAGGGCGUGCAGUCCAUCUCCAACAUCAUCUUCAAGGUGGGCAAGAAGCCCCAGCUGCCCAAUGUGCCCAUCCAGUACCACAGGCAGCCCCCCAAAACCGACCUGGUCAUCUCGUGCCCGGGCGCGCGGCCGGAGCACGCCGUGGCCUGGGACAAGGGCUCCGCCCGCCUCUACCGCUCCCACUACCUGCUGGGGGUCAGGAAGCACAUGAGGCUCUUCAUCGACCACGGCAACCACCUGCACCUGCAGCGAGUGCGCAGGGGGGACAAAGCCACCUACUACUGCUGGCGGCAGGGCGAGCUGGUGGCCGGCUUCCACCUCACCGUCACCUACGAGCCCCGGCGCCAGCGCAGCCCCACGGACCCCGAGUCAAUCUUCGUCAUGAGGACUGUGGGUAUCUGCUUUGCCAUCAUCAUCGGCAUCUUCUUCCUCAUCCACCUGUCCCGCUACAGCUAUCUGCUGCUCGGGAAACCUGCCAAGUUAUAGCAGCUCCCCCACAGGACACUCGGACACCUCGGGUCACCCUCACAUAGCAAAUUUCCAAUUUCCACUUUCAUGUAUUUUGAUUUCAACAUUUUUUCCAUGUUAGUUUUCGACUUUUUUGAAGGGAAAAUAAUUUUUUUUUUCAAAUUAAUCUUCAGAGCUC